AUGUUUUCCAAAAGAAGUGUAACUUAUAACGGAUUAGAUUGUUUGGCAGACAUGUCAGAUCCAAGAUAUAAAGAGUACAAAAUGCAACUGCAAGCAGAAAUCAGUUGGAUGAGUCAAACCAAAUAUGCCAAAUAUACUGUUUAUUUUGGUGUUUCAACUAUAUUUCUUGCAACCAUUAAACAUCUUUACUAUAGAUAUAGAGAUUUAAGAUAUAAAUCUAAACAAUCUUCAAAUACUGGAACUUCUUUAAUCGAUGUGUUUACUUCAUAUUGCCGUUAUUUUGGUUACAAACAAGUACCUGAAUGGUUGGUAUUCUUUUCUGUUCCAAAUUCAAUUAGUUCUGCCCUGUAUAUGUUUUUAUCGUCACUUUAUUUAUUCUGUUAUUGUUUAGUUCCUCAUUUUUGGUAUAGAGGCUGUGCUGGAUUUGGAUCUCCUCCAUUAGGUGUAAGAGCAGGGUUAAUGGCUACUGCAUUGACGCCUUUCAUUUAUGUCUUGGCUGGUAAAUCAAAUGCUAUUACAUUGUUAACAGGAAUAAGUUAUGAAAAAUUAAAUACUUUCCAUCAAUAUGUUGGUGUUGCUGCUUUUGUAUUGGGUAUUAUUCAUACUAUUCCAUUUGUUCAUCAAUCAUUAGCUGAAGGUGGAGCAAAUCGUCUUCAUCAAAGGUUUUCUAAUGAAUUUUCAUACUAUAGUGGUAUUCCACCAUUGAUUCUUUUGGGUUUGUUGUGCAUUUUAUCAAAAGCAUGUAUCAGAAAAUAUGUUUAUGAAUUAUUUUUACAUGCUCAUUGGAUGAUGGGUAUUGCUUAUUUUGGUACAUUGAUAUGGCAUAUUGAUUCUUUGUUAAAUGCAGAUGAUUAUAUGUGGGGUGCUUUAGCAUUUUGGGCAGCACAAAUAUUAUAUAGAAUUUUGUUAAAAACCGCAUUUAAACCAAGUUCAAUGUUUUUAAGAUCACGUGAAGCAAGUUUGGAGAAAAUUGGUGAUGGUGUUUAUCAAGUAAUUGUUGCAAAUACUAAAGGUAUUUCAUGGUCACCAGGUCAGCAUUGUUUUCUUAGAUUUGUUGGUGUUAGAAUCCUUGAUAGUCAUCCGUUUUCUAUUGCUUCCAUGAAGGAAAAUCCCAGUGGUAUGAAAUUUAUCAUUAGAGCUCAAAAUGGGUUGACUAAAUCACUUUAUAAAGAAUUGGAUAAACAAAUAAUAACAAAUAAAAAGGUAUAUAUUGAUGGUCCAUAUGGUGGUACUUUUAGAAAUCCAAAGGCAUUUGAAAAAGUUGUAUUGGUAGCAUCGGGUACUGGUGUCACUGCUACAUUACCAUUUUUAACAUAUUUAACCUCCGGUGAAGCUAACACCAUAGUGAAGAAGGUAUCAUUUGUUUGGAUUGUUAGAAAAUUGCAAGAUAUAAAUUGGAUUAGAUCUGAGUUGUUGGAAUGUCAGAAGUUAGCUGGGAAUAAAGUAGAUAUUCAAAUUCAUGUUGUUGAAGAUGGUAAUCCUGUUACUGAAACCAAAGUAGAUUUGGAGAAAGAAAUCUCAAGUGAAUCGAGUCAUGAUUCAUAUGAUGAAUUUUCUGUUAAUUUUGGAAAACCAUCAGUAUCUGCUAUAUUAAAAUCGAUGAUUGGUGGAUUUUCUAAUAGAAACAUGAUUGUUUGUUCAGGUAGUGAUUCAAUGAAACGAGAAGUCAGUCAAACUGUUUCUGAACUCCAAGCUUUAGUAUUCAACAAUGAUAGAUAUACUUCCAACGUUGAGGAAAUUUACUUACAUACUGAAAGUUUUUCCUGGUAA